AUGGCCCUCGUCUCUGGGAAGAAACAAGUCGUGGAAAACCAGUUGGAACUCCCGCGCCCUAUUCACGUCAUUGGCACCUCCGAUGCAGGUUCUUCAGAAAGAGAUUCGAACGAAAACCGAGACACAGAAGUCAACCAUGAGGCGCUGCAAAAUGACCCAACUCGCGCCCAGGCAGAAGCUCGCCUCCGUCGCAAAGUUGAUCUGCGGCUCUGCACUAUUGCUGGCAUUCUCUGCAGUCUGAAUCUACUCGACAGUGGCAUCAUCUCCUCGGCGGCUGUCACAAGCAUGCUCUCCGAUCUAGACCUCGUCGGAGAUCGAUACUCUGUCUCAAUCUUCAUCUUUACCGUCGCCUCUGUCGGUUGUCAACUUCCGGCGACCAUCUUGUUGCGCUUCGUUGGGCCUCGGUUGUUCUUUUCCUCCAUCACCUGUGCUUUCGGUAUAAUCACCAUGUGCACAGCCGCUAUCACCAACUGGCAACAGAUGAUAGCCCUGAGAGUCCUGCUCGGUAUUUCUAUGGCGGGCAUCUAUCCAGGGCUAACGUACCUGAUUUCCACUUGGUAUACUCGCCAUGAGCAGCAGCUCCGAUUUGCUCUGCUGCAAUCUGGAGAGAUCAUCAUCCUUGCCACCGGCUCUAUUGUCAACUUUGGUCUGAAUCACCUCGAUCAUCACGAUGGCCUUCGAGGGUGGCAGUGGAUGUAUCUUGUCCAAGGCUCGGUCACUGUCUUUCUCGGCUUGAUCACCUAUUUCUGGAUGAUCGACUUCCCGGACCGCUGCGAGAACUCGUUCCACUUCCUUACCGAGGAUGAGAAGAGCCUGGCAAUCUCUCGGAUCAAUGAGGAUCGCCGUGAUGCAGGGAAACCCGAACCAUUCAGCUUGGCUACGAUUCUGAUCCAUUUUCUCGACUUGAAGCUGUACGCUUUCUGCGUGUUGUUCUUCUUACUCAACUUGGUAUCCACAGCUCUCUCGUACUUCUUGCCCAUCAUACUGCAAAGUGGAAUGGGUUUCGACUCCAACAAGGCGAUUCUGCUGUCAUCCCCUCCAUACUAUUAUGCCGUAAUUCCGGUCCUGCUUUCGUCAUACAUUGGCGACAAGUACAGAGUCCGAGCGCCGGUCAUCAUUUUCAAUGCAAUUUGCCUGAUCGUGGGGUUUUGCAUGUUAGGAUUCAGCAGUCAGGUCACUGUGAGAUAUAUUGGCACAUUUCUGGCUACAGGCGCUUACAUUUCCAACUGGGCCGCAUUGAAUGCCUAUCAAGCCAACAACAUUGUGGGCCAAUGGAAGCGUGCCACAGUGGCAGCAGCCGUUUCUGGUUGCAAUGGUUUGGGUGGCAUAGCCGGCAGUUACAUUGUCCGCCAACCAGAGGCCCCGCGGUAUCUGACAGCAAUAUGGGUGAGCAUUGGGAGUCAUAUUUUGAUGAUCGUCCUGGUUUCGGCGUGUACAUUGUGGUUCUGGAUGGCCAAUCGUAAAUCGAAGACGAAGGGAAAUUUGAUUGAGGGUGUUGCGAACUUUCGCUAUACUUAUUGA